AUGGCCUUCGUACAUCAUCAGCCGCGGCAGCAGCGUCGCGAUCGCCAGGACCAUGCCGUCGACUCUCCAUCCGCCGCAUACUCUACGCCGCAGCAUCGACACGAAAGAGAUGUCCCUCAAGACUGGAGCAUCGUCUUUCCGGGGCGGUCCCGCGAGACGCCCGCAUCACCCACGAUCCAGCUAGCUUCUCCUUCCCGUCCAUCACGCUCGCUCGACACGCCUUCCUCCGAUCACACCGACGACACCGAUCCACUCGCACUCACCUUGCCACCGCUCCACGACGGCACAGGUCGAUUUCUUGCUUCUCCACUUAGUCCUGCUUCUACAGACGCUGCUUCGAUUGAUGCAGCACUCCAAUACAGCGGUGCUGAAGAUGACCGCCAUUCCGAAGCUCGCCACUCUGAGGACGUCUUUCCCGAAUCCGUCUUCAGUGGUACUGACUCGCAGCUCGAUGCAGACGAAGAGCUUGGCUUUGGCUCCGGCUCCGAUUUCGACUUUGAAAGCGAUGCUGUAGCUUCGCAUGCCAGUCGCAGCUCGGUGCGUCGCGGCAAGCGUCGCACAGCAUCCCGAAGGAGGCCAUCCAAGCUCAGCCAUGUCAGCAUCGGAAGCGAUGAGGAGGGCGAAGAAGCUGCGUCACAAUCGCAGAGCCAGAUGCUCGGCAGCAAGGCAUGGUCUCUGCUUGGACGAAGCAACGCGCUCGAGCGUGUCGAUGAAAGCCCUUCAGCUUCGACUCAGCUCUACUCCAGUGCUCGUUCGAGUCGUCAGAUGGGUCGCUCCCGACGCACCGCCCACGAUCUGCCUGUCGUGCUCACCAGCGGGUCGGAGCGCGAGGACGACGAUGGUCAGGACCUCGAUCAUUCGCGAGCCACGGCACGCCACGCUGCUGAGGCCACUUACGAUGCCGAUUUGGCCGUCAGCAACCUCGCUCAGAGUGCUGGUCUCUCGCAUCUCGACCAUAGCGAUCUUCUGCGAAGACCUAAGCGCAGGCAUCGACGAUCCGCUGCUGGUCGUUCGAGCAAGCGUAGCAACACCUCGCAGUCGCUGCUCAGCAUCGAUUACGAGUCUCGUCUGCUCAAUGCUCAGCAGCACGCUCACAGUCGUCGACAUGGCGACGGCGCAGAGACGCCGAGAUCAGCAACGCAGGCAUCAAGGAUGGCUCAGGAGCAUCCCUCCAAGACCUCACGCAUGAUCGGCACCAUCCUGCGCAAGGUGUUCGAUCUGGAACCGGAGGUGCUUGAUGCGUUCCUGCAAGAGGAUGUUGGACGACAACGUAAUCAGACUCGGGCGGCCACUGGCCCUGGAUUCGCCUUUGAGGCGGCAGAAGCGCCGUUGGCCUGCGCUCCGCUCUGCGACUCAACGACCUCGCCAGCUGCAAGUGGAAUGAUGCUAGACGGUCGAAGCGAGCACGAGCGCUGGCAAGCGUCAUCUGACGGCGAGACCGAAGUCGAGGGUCAGCUACCCAUCAUCGACCCUGCCACAUCCCCGCUGUUCUCCAACGCAAAGACGGUCGACGGCGAAGAGACGGCAGACUCCAGCGGCUGGCGGCUCACCGAAGCGGCGCUGCUGCAGCGUGGUUCCGUGACAACUCGUCGCGGCAGCGGUUCGCAGUCGCUCAUGGAGCCAACGACGAUGGAGGCGCUCUCUGCGUUCAUGAAUACGAUCGCCAUGCCUGUGCCUAUGCCGCUGCGUCUGCUCGGUGCGUUGUUCGGCUGGUCCAGCAUCUGGUCGACUUCGUCCAAGACACACCCACGGGAGCAGUCCGAGCAGCACGACUCGAAAGCAGCAGAAGAACAGGCGGCAAGGGAUUCCGAGGAGGAGCGCAAGUACAGGUACGAGCGUCUGCUCAGUGCGCAGCAGGCCAAGGCGUGGAGUCGGAGGUAUAGGGGGAUCUUGUUUGCCAAUGUGGACGAUGAGGAGCCCAGUCCGGACGUGCCGGAGCUGUGGAGGGGCGAAGAGCAUCCUGCCAUUGCUGGACAUCAGGAUGAGUAG